GUAUCCAAACGCACAGCUAAUACAGCUGCUGAAGCCCUAGGCGCUGAAAGGAAUGACGGGGUGAUGGGCGUGGAGAGCCCCAAGCGAUGGGUGCUAGCACAGAUCCAGCAAGCGACCACUCCGGUAAGUGUGUCGAGUAUAUCUGAGAGAUACUUUCGGAUCUGA